CGCGUCUUUGGAUCGCGACAAACCUUGGGACGAUUUAUUUUCUUUGUCGCCCAGCCCGCAGGUUGCUCGACCUGCCACUCACUAGUCUUCACGAUGACCUGACGUCCCAGUGUCUCUCCCCACACCGUGACUACCUGAGUUAUACUGCAUGGGCUAGAAUGCCACAGUGUGAAUGCCAUGGAGGCGCUUCUCGCCACGCCAUCAAACAGUCAUUUAUGUGACUCGGUCGCUGAUCUCCAAGUCCGACUCAGUCAUGCUCUCCACGCCAAGGUCAGCCAGACAAGGGCUGAGCAUAUAUCGUCAACCUUCGAGCUACCGUCCUCGGUUAUCUUUAAUAUCACAGCCAUCGAAACAGAAAGCGAAGCCCAUGAAUCGGCAGCCCAUAUCAACCCCCAGCUUGGGGGACCUCAGACAAGCGCGCCCUCGUCUACGGUCGAUGGAUCCCAGUCUGCAAGGCAAAUUAGUGCGAUUGAUACACUCGUCAAUCAGCCUGACAAUGACCCGGCCCUCCAGAGGACUGUCACAAAACACCUAAUCGCCGCAUUGGGUGAGCUUGACCGUGCAAACUGGGUUGUGCGCCAAGUCUCUCGAGUUGCUCAGGGCUGGACAUUCACCUAUGUCUGCAAGAAUUCAACCCAAGCAUGGGCUCGGCAGCAUGCCAGACACCCAUCCCGAAUCGUGGAAGGGGAGUGGAGUAGUAAGGACAGUCAAGGUCUUGCUCACAUGGGUCGGCCAGCAUUUGAUUGCCGAGGUUCUGUCACCAUAGCCUUUUCCAAACCUAACAAGUCUAUCAGCCUCAAAUAUGAACACACCCCAAUGCACAAAACGGUAGCUCAGCUUCUCGAGAUGCUCAAUCCUCCACCUCCACCUCCACCUCCGACUGUCGAAGAGCCGCCGGCAGUACGCAAAGCAGCAAAAACACCAAAUUCCAAACGUCAGGCCGCGGAUUCCAGCCAAAAGGGCGAGGCCGGGGGCUCAAGUCGCAGGAAACGGAAGACCGCGCCUCAAGCAGGCGAGGGUACGAGUCAGCCGGUGCGGAGGGGGAAAAAGGAGGGAGAAAUUAACCUAGCCCCAGAGGGCGGCCUCCUCCCACCCGAGAUGCCCGGAGCAUUACCUAUUGGCGAGUCAUCUCAACGGCCGCUCUACAAUACUCAGUCACAACUGGCGACACAAGACGGAGCAGCAGGCAUGGAGACUACAAGCAGCUAUCCCGAAGGACUGGUUGGCGCGUCCCCUAGCUCCACCGAGUCACAGUCUUCAGCUGUCGCUACCAGUGCCCCUAUCCUCAAUCUUCCACCGGGGGAGACAGAACGCCGUCGAGAUGUUGCCAUACAACUGCUCACAGACCACAAGAUUGAUCCCCAGACCCUAUCUCAGGAGCAGUUCAGCAUCUUCUCAAACCAAUCGCCCGAACUGCAAAUGGAAUCAUUGAUGAUGCUUGAGAAAUACGGUGCUGAGCGUUUGCGGAUCAUUCACCCUAAUAAGGAAGCACCGGCAGCCGGCAGCCCAGAUGCCAUAGCUCAGACCCAUGAAGCAUCUUCUGUCACACCCAGCACAGAGGCGGCAGCUCCAUCACCGAGUAACCCCAAAAAGCGCAAGAAGCCGGCGAAGAAGUCCGGUUUCUCGGAACAAGACAUUGCUGGCGACAAUGCUGCGCUGUCGGCUUUAAAUACCAGCCCGGCUGCGGGGGGGUCGCGAAGGACAGCAGGCGCCUGUGAUUUCUGUCGCAGAAGGAAGAUCAAGUGUGGCAAGGAACAACCGUCUUGUGCACAGUGUCUUCGAUCUAACAAUACUUGCUCCUACCCUGUUCUCAAAACGAGGAAGGACAAAUCAGCCUACCCGCAAGGAACGGAUGAAAACCUGGAGGAAGAAGCCGGGGGCUUACCAUCCCCUGAUCUUCAUGGUGAUAGCAUAGCCAUCCCUCCGUCCGAGUCUGCCUCGCCUCCCACGAGCCAUUCAACAGCCUAUGCGGAGGCGAGCACCGAUGUCUAUCAGAAUUCCUCGGGUUUGACCUUUCCCCCAUCAGCUCCCUUGGACAUUUCGAAUCAACCCUGGGCAGCCAGCUCCGGAGUGGACUAUAGCCAGACACCUGCUCAAGACUCUUCUACCGUUGGCUCGACAGCUCCCCAAGAGCCGCAACAGAGCCCUGGUACGUCGUACCCAGAGCAGCUUCUUGCAGCUGCCACACCGAAUGACUCAAGACAUCAACGAUCUGAUUCCGGUUUCGAUCAUGCCGCACAACAACCUGCUACAAGUAGCGAUGCCUGGGCAGGUUCCUAUGCCGGCAGCCGGUCCUCGUCGCAAACCCAUGGCUAUGGCGUUAUUCCGGCAAUCGCCCAGGCGCGUUCGCCGGAACAGUCGAUGACUCGAAAUCCAGGUCCUAUCCAGAUACAUGGGUCUCAUCAGACACGUGAGGUGAUUCAGCAGGCAUUGGAACUAGCACGGUCUGCUAGAAACAGCAGUGCGAAACAGUCGCCACCCCCGCAGCCUAAGUCUUUCUCAGCCCCUGCGCCAACUACGCGCGACGCGUCACGGACUGGAACAAGGGCGCAGAACCGGACCCCGGUGCAAGCUAUGCCGGUUGCACGGCAUCCUCAGGGACCAGCGCAGCACCCUGCCAGCAACCCGGUAGCCCCUGCUUCAGCAGGCUCUAGCUCUGCUUACCCAUCGAGCUACAACUCCCACUCGAAGCAGCCCAGCAACCAAGCAGCCGCCCAGUCUAAUGACGGCAUGACUUACAGUACCAUGCGCCAGGCGUACGGCACGGCCAUGCCCAGCUCGUAUUCCAACUACGACGCAUAUAAUAAUGCGCGGUCUCACGGUAAUCCCACUCCUGCGUCGACGAACCCGGUAACCCAGGAGGCUUCUCCAUCGUACACGACAGCCAUGGCGUCCAGUGUCAGCCAGUGGGGCAAUGUCGCAGCAUCUCAGGCUCGCAACUCGCUGCAGUACAAUAAUAAUUCGUCCACUCCAGCUGCGUUGUCGUACUCGACAAGCGGGCAGCAGUCGCAAGCCGCGCGAUCAACCAACAUGCGGCCGAGAGCCACCACACAGCGCCCCGCGCCAUCGGCCAACUCGUACAACCAACAACAGCCUCAGAAUCAGCAGCAGGCGUCGUAUCCCUCCUAUUCCCAGCAGCCGCCGAGUUCUUCUGGCCAGCAUGGCCAGCAUGGCCAGCCAGGCUGGUAUGGUUAUUCCGGCGGCAGCAGUCAAAACGGCGCGGCGGGCGGCUACUCCGACAACCCUGCGCCGCAGGGAAGCGGACACUACAGUCAGCAGCAGCAGUCGUCUAUGAACCUGUCCGGCCAUACCUACAGCAGUAUGGAUACCGGUGAUCAGUCGAUCUAUAACUUGCUCCGAGGCAACCCGGGGACCUGAACUAGGGGGCGAGGUCCGAUCCCCACGACGCGGGGCUGCCGUCAUAUUUCCCUCCUGUUGAAUUGAGGGAGGACGGGGCAGACAAUCACGCAACAAGGGAGUUGAGGGGAUAUUUUAAGAGGGUACAUUUUU